AUGGCUCAACUAUCUGGUGCUGAAUACUUGGCUUCAAUUUAUGGAACUGAAAAGGAUAAGGUUUGUUUAUUCAAUUUUAAUGUUUUUCUUUAACAACAUUAUCGUCUUUUUUAGGCUUUUAAGAGGAUCUAAAUGGUGUUGCAGCAUGCAAACCGUGUUGAAUUUUGCGGAAAAGUUGAUUUUUUAGAUUUUUCAAAAGAAAAUGUUAUUGUUUUAGAUAUUUUGCUGACAUUGUACAUGUUUUGAAGAAGUUUUUGUGUUUGGAAGUUCAGUCUGUUAAAACUAUUUUUAGAGGAAUAUUUUAGAUGUUUCAGCUGGUUUUAGGUGAUUCGACGGAUUUUUUAGGUUUUUAGGGCGGAUUGACGUAAAUUAAAGGCUUUGAAUUGUUUGUGUGUAAGUGUUCAAAGCUCUAAUUAAAUUAUUGAUUUAGACAAGGUGUUUCAUAUUAGGAGUUAACGGUUUGAUUUUGAAAUUUUAGGUAAAUUGCUCAUUCUACUUUAAAAUUGGAGCAUGCCGACAUGGAGACAAGUGCUCUCGAACUCACAACAUGCCCACAUUCUCACAAACUGUAUUGUUGAAAAAUUUGUAUCACAAUCCAGUCAUCGACAUGAGACAAGCUGAUGCUUUCUCAAAGGUAUUGUUUUUCUUUUUUUUACUUUUAAGGUUUAGGUUUACAAUUUGAUUUGAAUACUUUAUGUCAUUUAGCUUCUUCAUAUGACGCUUUUUAAUUAUACACAUUUUACAAAUAUGAUUCCUUUGUUUGUAUAAAAUUUAGUAUUAAAGCGAUAUUUGCAGGUAGGACAAGCUAACACGGAAGAACAGAAGUUUUUUGAUGACUUUUUUGAAGAAAUAUUUAUGGAAAUUGAUAACAAAUAUGGCCGAAUUGAAGAAAUGAAUGUUUGUGACAAUAUUGGAGAACACAUGAUAGGCAAUGUUUAUAUAAAGUUUUUCCGUGAAGAAGAUGCCGAGCGUUGUGUGAAGGGUUUAGAAAAUCGAUGGUUUAAUGGCGAACCAAUAUACGCGGAACUGUCGCCUGUAACCGACUUUCGAGAAGCAUGCUGCCGACAAUACGAACUUGGUGGUUGUCAAAAAGGAGCAUUUUGUAAUUUUAUGCACUUGAAACCGAUUUCGCGUGACCUGAGACGGCGCUUAUAUGGUGGACGAGGUCGCUCUCCGCCUAGGCGACGCGGUGGACCACCUCCACGACGUGACGAUGGCGGAUAUGGAGGAGGACGGAGAAGAUCAAGGUCUCCAAGGCGAAGAUAUUAA